AUGCCGUACUUGUCCUUGCGGGUGAAGCUGGUACACUCGAAGCCGAGCGUGCCGGCGAGGACCCGCUGGAUGUAG